CUCACAAUGAACGGAGCUGUCAUCAUUCUCCUCCUGGCCCUUGUGGCAAGCCCUGUCAUCAACGCAACAACACUGUUCCCUCAACUCCUACAUCCAAGGCUCCGUUUCCCAGGAGUGUAUCCUCGGGCCUACCCUGGCGUUGUUCAACCAGGCCUCCGUCAGGUAUUCCCGACCGGGAUCUACAGAGAGGAUCUGUACGACUACCCAUACGGUCAAAGGUCCGUUCUGGGAGGACAUUACAGACCAAGUGUGCUGCCUCAGUACCAGCCCAUCUACGCUGACCCAAGGGACAGCUACAUCUACGAUGUGUUUGAUACACAAGCUUCCAGACGGGCAGGAGUAGGCCCAGCAUCUGCCGCCACCGCAGCCGCCGCUCCAGUUAACGCACCGGCAGGAGUGGCCCUUCCCGUCAGGGUUUAGCUCUGCCUGAAUCAGGUUAACGAGUGUGUUAUUAAAUGUUGGAUGUUUU